GCUAUUUUUAAUUCGUCUGCUAUCCGAAAGGUUGUCCUUGUGGGACAGAACAGUCGACACAAAUUGUAGGUGGUGUUCUCGUGUGCUGUGAUUUUAAUCGAAAACGCAAGAAUGGGAGGACAGUUUGGACAUCUGUAUAAGAUUCGCGGUAUAAUCUACUACCGUCUGUCACCGUACGAACUUAGUCCGACCAAAGGAUUCUUGAGCAAGGGCAUUGCUAAUACCAUUCGCAGAACUAUGAAUGAGCUUCCCUACAUCGCACCACCGUUUGCCAUGACAUGGUUUAUCUACGAUUAUGCAGUCGCGGAAAACGCGCGUCUCUCAAGGAAGAAUCCGGAUGACUAUGUGAACGAUCAAUAGCUUUUUUAAGGGCCUGAACAAAUUGAAGCUUGCAACCUGAGCAACACUCAUAGUGGGCGUAGAGUGCAGAUUAUAACAACAACAACCACGAUUAUUUCUUUAAGAAAUUCGUUUAUGACAAUGAGGACGCGUCAUAGCCAGUGAAAAAGCAUGAGGGCAAGUACUACGUCCAUGUUGACCGUUAUUGGAAAUUACUGAUACUAAAAACUUCUACAUGUUGAAAAUAGUGGGAAAUAAAUUUUAGGCACAGUAAAUACGACCGCGA